CUUUAGGCGCGUCCCUCGAACUUUUGUUCAGACUCAAGGUGUCGGUCGAAGCUUUCUAGAUCAGCUGGAGAGAUUUGAUACUAAUACGGAGUACCUACACAUCUAACCGUUGGAACGAUAUAAACAGUCUGAACCAUCGCCACUCUCGAAUUUCCUCUCGUCAUGUCCUCAGCCAAGCUAUAUCCUCCAAAUAACAAGGCACCAUCCUCCAGUCCUCUACCUCAACUCUUGCAAACCCCCUCAGGUCUAGCUCUUCUGGAACUCCAAGGGACCAUUAACCUACCUCAGGACGCCAAUGGAGAUGCAUUAGGCGGCGUCCAAGUUGGAAGACUUGACUUCCCAGAUUUCGUGAUCGGUACUGAAGGCUCAGCAUGGAUGAAGCGGGUUCACCUUUAUGUUGGCCAGCAUCAACGUCUCACUGGGGAGAUCAAAAAGCUUCCAAAAGCCAUGGCCGUGGUGCGAAAGAGAGAGAAUAAGGUGAUACCUGGCUCAGGGGGGGGGACGCUGGAGCAGGGCAAAAAUCUUGAAGUCGUUGAGAUUGUCAAGUACAAGCUUAUGUUUCCAAACCGGCCAGAGCCUGUCGGAACGGCCAAUGCGACCUGAUGACCUUGUUUUGUCUAGAAGGUCAAUGAAAACAGGCAAUAGCUUACUACGAAUGACGAGACUUCUGCACCUUAUUCCAAGUCAACACUUAAAUCUCCCAUAUCCUCUUGAUCCGAGUGAAAAGCUCACCCAUCCGUCCACUUCUUUAUCGAUAUUGGACUUUAUUCUUCAUCACCCUACUGUAUAUCCAGCUAAGGUCCCAUCGCACUUGUUGGGUCUCAAUCGUUCAGUAUCAUCAUUGCAUCUAUUCUCAGGCAAUCUGCAAAGGCCUUGUCCUUCCUAGCCCGUCCUUUCCGUAGUAGUCCAUGGGAUAGACACCUUCACCCCAAUCUUGUCGCUCACCCAAUGCAAUAAGUGCCUCAUACGGCGUUAACAACGGCCGUGGGAAUGCAUAACCCCAAUCAAUACUCAAUCGAGGGCAAGCAACCUGUACCCAGCACUCGACGUCCGACAUGAGCGCCAAUUUGCCCGGAAAGAUCUCACUUAGUAGUAAGUGUACAAUAGGAAUGCCUCGCGCCUUGAGCUCUUUCUCGAUGAGGUCCAACGUAUGUGGGUUGCCCUGGCGGCCGAGAGCGCCGAGAAUUAGGCCCCAUUUGCGUGCUGUACGAGCGCUAUGAAUGGCUGUUCGACGGAGAGACUGCAUUUCGUCAUGGCCGUACGCCUCCUGCGUGAGUUUUCGAGAGUAAGGGUCGUAUCGGUACGCUGGAAUAGAAGGGUUGUGAAUCAUGAUACUCUCAAGGUGGAAACGACCAUCACCCAGGUACAGGAUCAGAUCGAUAUUGUCGUCGUCUUUCAGACGAGGAGAAGUGCAGCCCAGAAUUUCACCCUUACUCAAUGGUGCAAUCUGGGGAACGACAACACGGAAGCCGCCGCGCUCGAGGCUGCUUUUGACGCCAUGGAUAGUAGCGUUAAACUGAAUAGUGCCGACAACAGCUAUUGUUUUUCCGCUGGCAAAGUUGCGCUCAAGGGAUGCUAGGAGAUGUGUAGCAUCAAUGCUGAUGUCUACAAAGACGUAUAGAGUUUUGAUCGUGGUCACGUCGACUGGGAUGAGGCAACUGUGGGCAUAGUGCACCAGCAGGUCACAACCAAGGGCCCUUGCUGUGUAAUCAUCGAUACAACAAGCGCCAUAGGUCACAUCGCCCAUGAUGAGUGUCUCGACACCAGGGCAGAACUGCGCCAAGAUAUCUGAUAUAGUAGUAGCAAAGAGUAAAAGGCCCUCGGGCAUCUGUAACGCAACUCUCUUGGCGUCCGAAGUUUGAAUGCGGUGGAUCGUCUUGGGGAUCUCAAAGUUGUAGUUAGUAGGCAAUAACGUAAUGGCAGC